UCUCUCUCUCUCUCUCACCGAGAGCCGCUAUCAUCAGUCGUCACGACGGUCCGGCAGAGAGUCGACGUCAACGGCUUUUGGUUAUUCCGUGCGGUAGUUGCACGGCGCCGCGAGAACCGUCCUCAUCUUUUUCCGAGGACGAUUCGUUUGUACAUUGUAAAUAAAUUGUUUGAUACGUCAGAGCGAGGAGAGCCACUAGGAUAUUUACUUAGAUACUUAUUUAUAUACGCGGAGAAACAGGGGCCGGAAAAAACACAAUAUGACGGAGGAAUUCAAGCUGGAUCAUCGGGCGAGAAAACGCAUCAAGGAGGUCAAGAGGAAGGCGAGACCUGAACUUGCUGACAAGGCAGCUUGGUCUCUGCACAACUACAGUAAGAAGUUCCAACAGUUUUGGAACUUCAAAGACAAUGUUGAUAGAAUCGUUGAAUCUGAAGUUCCACCUGAAGAAUUUAUUAGCAAAUAUGAAAAACCUUAUAUACCUGUGAUAAUAAAAGGUGUUCAAAACGACUGGAAGGCCCAGUACAAAUGGACAAUAGAGAGAUUGGCAAAAAAGUAUCGGAACCAAAAAUUCAAAUGUGGAGAAGAUAAUGAAGGAUACAGUGUCAAAAUGAAAAUGAAAUAUUACAUUCGCUACAUGCAAAAUAACGAGGAUGAUUCUCCAUUGUAUAUCUUUGACAGUUCCUUCGGUGAACAUCCUCGAAGAAAAAAGUUAUUGGAGGAUUAUACAAUUCCAAAGUACUUCCGUGAUGACCUCUUCCAGCAUGCAGGCGAGCAUAGGAGACCUCCAUAUCGUUGGUUUGUUAUGGGACCCGAACGAUCUGGUACAGGAAUUCACAUAGAUCCUUUGGGUACUAGUGCCUGGAAUGCUCUUAUUUCUGGACACAAAAGGUGGUGUCUGUUUCCUACUCAUACUCCAAGAGAGCUUUUAAAAGUGACUGGUGCCGAGGGUGGCAAACAGAGAGAUGAGGCUAUUACUUGGUUCUCUGUUAUUUAUCCUAGAACAAAACUGCCAACAUGGCCACAAGACUGCUUACCUAUCGAAAUUUUACAAAAUCCUGGAGAAACCGUAUUUGUGCCUGGUGGCUGGUGGCACGUUGUUCUUAAUCUCGACGAUACUAUUGCAGUCACGCAAAACUUCUGUUCCCGAACAAACUUCCCCGUAGUAUGGCAUAAGACGGUCCGAGGGCGACCAAAACUUUCUCGUAAAUGGCUAAAAGUACUGAGAGAAAAAGAGCCCGAAUUAGCAGCUCUGGCAGAGACAAUCGACGUCAAAGAGGACACUGGCGUGGCAAGCGAUUCUUCGAGCGAUUCCUCUAGCAGCUCUUCGAGCAGCGGUAGCAGCAGCCAGUCGGAAGAUAGCGAAGACGACAGUGGUCAGGAGUCACUCAGCGCGCACAAAAAGAAAAAGAGAAGAAAACUGAACAAUGGUCAACCCUGACGAUGUGACAUUUUCGGGACCUACAGAGACCUCAGACUGUACAGUAUUAAUCAACAAUUAUUGUUUGUACUAAGAUUAAAUAUUACAAUUAUUACCACCUUUACGUUCAUAAUAAAAUAAAUGCUAGAUAAUGCCAAA